AUUGCAGAAUAACAAAAGACCUUUCUGGAGAUAGAAACCUUUUGGUCUCUAUUUGUUCAUACUGGUGCAUGCGAAGGCCUUCCGACGGCUAAAACUGACUCAAAUUGCUUUUAGCUCUUUGAAGUGCGGCAAGCUUUACAAAGCUUCCGGCAUUCGAAUGCCAUCUUGACGCACAAAGCUAAUUAAUUGCUUAAAUGUAUUGAUGAGGUUUUCAAUUAACGCGAGCACAUGAUUCGAAGUCUGUGCGCGUACCAGCUAAGAAAGCUGACCGAUAUCUAACAUAUGGCGAGAAGAACGCGUUUGCAGGACUCGUCCACAGACCAAGCAAGAUUUAACAUUCUGAACCCGGAGGGAGCGUUCUCCUCUUUCGACCCUCAACCAGGCUCCCUCCAACAACACUGCCGCACAUUCAUUCUACAAGCUGUGGGUUUGAAACGACUAGCGCGCAUCGUAGAUCUUCCAAUUCCAAAGACAAUGAUCAACUAUCUAGCCAAUCAGCUCACUGUGGACGAUUUCUUUGUAAACCGAAAUAACUUGAGCUCAGAGAACAUGUUGAAUUGCGUUUAUCCUGCUAAGUGUCUUCUGGACAUGUCAGAGGUAUUGCUUAAGUGCGUCAUGCCUUGUCUAGUAGAUGAUCAUUUUCAGGCCGCUAUGGAAGCUUGGAAAGAUGUCAACCAUCCAAAUAUCAUGCGUAGUUUUCUGCGCUUUCAUCAAGGUGGUACGGAAAUAAUUGUAUUCGAAUACCCUCCAGUUUCACUGGAGGAUAUUAUCAGGGAGCGGCGAGAACUACGGAGGCAUUUGCCCGAGUACUUGAUAUGGAAAGCGUUUUGCGAAUUGUGCUCCGCUAUGAAGUAUCUGAAUGAGAAAGGCAUUUUCUACAAGACUGCUAAAGCGACGAAGCGUAUUUCCUUCGACGAACAUGGAAACCUCAAAUUAGACAGUGGUUUGCUGUACCAAUCAUCCCCGGAGGAUACGAUGAAUGACCCUGAUGUCAGGGUUGAUGGAGCGGGGUUCUAUUCACCCCCGGAGGUCAUGAAAGGACACGCCUUUGGCCCCGAAAGCCAGGUGUGGCUUCUUGGAUGUUUACUGUACGAGAUCACAGCACUUGAACCCGCCUAUCAAGUUGAAGGGAAUGACAUGUUUACUGCUCUGGCAAACAUUAUGGAGGGCAGACCGCCUCCAGAUAUCAAUGAAAAUUUCUCUGACGAGCUUAAAGCCACGAUUCGUGAUUGCGUCAAAGGUGACCCCGAUCAGCGACCGAGCAUGGAGGAGCUUAUGAACAGUGUUACCAUGGUAAAAGAAAGAAUGAAGCAUGAAUAUCAAGGACCUGAAAUUGUCGACCUAUAA